AUGUUAUAUAGCAGUCGUAAGAAAAAGAAGGAAAGUUCCGAAAGUGAUGUCUACGGUAGUACAUGUGCGCCUGCGCAGUAUUUAACAUCAACAGUGCAUCGAAUAGUUCCUUCGAAGUCCGCACCACCUCCCUACGCGCCUUCCGCGGCUGGUCGCGCGCGACAAACGCGACACGGUCGCCACGACUCCUACGCGACUGCGACAGCCCCAAGGGCAAAAAUGGCUUGCUAG